AUGUCUGUGGAGCGCACAUUGGCAGCCGAGCAGGAGGCACUUACCUGGCAGAGGUUUCGCACAGCCUUCUACUCCAAGUAUUUCCCUUCAAGUCACUUUAGGGAGCUAGAGAGAGAAUUUCUAAAUCUGUCUCAAGGAACCAUGACCGUGGAUGAGUAUGAGGCAGAGUUUGACAGGAAGGAAACACAAGAUUCAAAAGAUAGAAUACAAAAGAAGAGGAGCAGAGAUGAUGAUACUCAUAGUGGACAAAAUUCUAGUAGGACAGAAAAAUCUCGUAAUAGGUCUGGACAAUCAGAAAAGCAAGGAUCUUAUGGAGAGACUAUUCAACAAGACCAGUCUAAAUGUGAAGCAUGUGGUGGUGCCCAUAAGACAGAACUCUGUAGACGAUUAUCUGGCGCAUGUUUCAGAUGUGGCCAACAGGGUCAUAAGAUAGCAAAGUGCCCUCGCAAUCGGCAAGUAUCACAAUCAAAUCAGAGGCCUCAAGCUACAAGGACCCAGCAAGUGCAAGGUUCUCCUGCUCCGGUUCAGGUUGCUCAGCCUUCUUCUCCUAAGCAGCAGAUAGGAGGGAGACCGCACACACAGGGUCGUAUUUAUGCACUGACUCAGCAGGAUGCUCAGGCAUCCAAUACUGUGGUGUCAGAGUAUGAUUUGCAUGUUAACACCCCUGCCGAAAGUGGGAGGAUUUGUAAUCAGGUCUGCAAGACUUGUCCAGUUCAGAUAGUAGGUAGAGACUUGCCUGCUAAUUUGAUAGAUAUAGAUAUGUAUGACUUUGACAUAAUUCUCGGUAUGGACUGGUUAGCGUCACACUUUGCUACCAUUAACUGUCAUGAAAAGCGGCUUGUACGUGUGGUUGAUAGAAAAGAACAAGUGUUGAGAAGGCGCACAAUUCCUUAUGUUAAGAUUCAGUGGAGCAAUCACUCUGAACGUGAGGCUACGUGGGAACUGGAGGAUGAGAUGAAGGAGAAAUAUCCGAACCUUUUUGCAAGCUAA